UGAAACUUAGUUACUAUUAAUGAGUGUAUGUUGGUUGGUGUGCCAAGUAAAUUGAGAAUUACUAAAGUCAACGUAGUUUUUAUACAUUUAAUCAUUUAUUAAUCAUUUAGAUACUUUUCGGUAUUUAAACUUAUUUAGUUGAAAUUUUAAUUAAAUUUUACCGAAAUUAUUUUGUUCAGUUAUGUGCGAAAUAUUAUGAAAUAAUACAACGAAAUGUCAUCACAGGAUUACGAUUUGCAUGGUAGAACAGAUUCAUACAGAGUUGCUACUGUUCCAUCAAACUUUGAUGAUAAUAAAACUUUUGAUGGAAAACCAAAAACAAGAAGAAAACCCCCAUCUUCUAUCAGUACUAAGUAUAGUCGUGCUGAAAAUCUAGAUGAACUAAAACAAGAUCCAAACUUAGAUUAUCAUAAAAUAUCUUUAGAUGAAUUGUACCAAAGAUUUGGAACUCAUCCUGAAGCUGGUUUAACACAUGCUAAAGCUCGUGAAAAUUUAGAAAGAGAUGGUCCUAAUACUCUGACACCACCAUUAACAACGCCUGAAUGGAUUAAAUUUGCCAAACAAAUAUUUGGUGGAUUUUCUUUAUUAUUGUGGAUUGGAGCCUUAUUAUGUUUUGUAGCUCAUAAAGCUGAAACCAGCACUACUGUAAAUUCAAAUGAUGAUUAUUUAUAUUUGGGAGUAAUAUUAGUAGCAGUUGUUAUAAUCACAGGAAUUUUUUCAUAUUAUCAACAAGCUAAGUCUUCGGCAAUUGUGAAUUCCUUUAGGAACUUAGUUCCACAGAUGUAUUUAGGUUGCAGUAUAAUUGCUGUUAUUGUAGUUACUGGUUAUCUGUCUUAUUGUCGACAACUUAAUCAAGGUGCUGUCAUAAAAUCUUUUUAUGAAACAAAUAUGCAGUUUGCUGUUGUCAUACGUCAAGGAGAAGCUAUAACAUUACGAGCAGAGGAACUUACUUUAGGAGACAUUGUUGAACUAAAAUUUGGUGACCGUAUUCCAGCUGACUUAAGAAUUAUUGAAAGCCGUUCAUUUAAAGUUGAUAAUUCAUCAUUAACUGGGGAAUCAGAGCCUCAGAGUCGUACUCCUGAAUACACUCAUGAUGAUCCGUUGGAAACCAAAAAUUUAGUAUUUUCUACUACACAUGCAGUUGAAGGAACGGCCAAAGGUGUUGUUAUAGCAUGUGGAGAUAAUACAGUUAUGGGAAGAAUAGCUGGUCUUGCCUCAAGUUUAAAAAGUCGACCAACACCAAUUGCUAGAGAAAUUAUUCGUUUUGUGAAUUUUGUUAAUCUUACUGCUAUAGUCAUUGGUUUAUUGCUAUUUAUAAUUGCUUUAUUGAUGGGAUGUUAUUGGUUAGAUGCUAUUGUUUUUUUGAUAGGAUUUCUUGUUGCUGCAGUUCCAGAAGGACUUUUGGCAACAGUAACUGUUUGUUUAACUCUUACAGCUAAACGAAUGGCAUCUAAAAAUUGUUUGGUAAAAAAUUUAGAGGCAGUGGAAACACUUGGUUCUACAUCAACUAUUUGUUCUGAUAAAACUGGUACUUUAACACAAAAUCGUAUGACUGUUGCUCAUAUGUGGUUUGAUAACCAAAUAAUUGAAGCUGAUACUACUGAAGAUCAAUCUGGUGUGCAAUAUGAUCGUUCAAGUCCUGGUUUCAGAGCUUUAGCAAGAAUAGCAACUUUAUGUAGCCGUGCUGAAUUUAAAGCUGGGCAAGAUAGUGUACCAAUCCUAAAAAAAGAAGUUAAUGGUGAUGCAUCAGAAGCUGCACUUUUGAAGUGCAUGACUCUUGCUUUGGGUGAUGUUAUGACAAUUCGGCGAAAAAAUCGUAAAGUUUGUGAAAUUCCAUUUAAUUCCACAAAUAAAUAUCAGGUUUCAAUUCAUGAAACUGAAGAUCCCAUAGAUUCUAGAUAUUUGUUAGUUAUGAAAGGUGCUCCAGAACGUGUUCUUGAUCGUUGUUCUACCAUAUUUAUAGGUGGUAAAGAAAAAGUGCUUGAUGAAGAUAUGCGUGAUGCAUUUAAUAAUGCUUAUUUAGAGCUGGGUGGUCUUGGUGAACGUGUUCUUGGUUUUUGUGAUAUGUUAUUACCAGCAGACCGUUUUCCUAAAGGUUUCAUGUUUGAUGUUGAUGAACCAAAUUUUCCUUUAACUGGUAUGCGUUUUGUUGGCUUGAUGUCAAUGAUUGAUCCUCCAAGAGCUGCAGUACCAGAUGCUGUAGCUAGAUGCCGAUCAGCUGGAAUUAAAAUUAUUAUGGUUACCGGAGAUCAUCCUAUUACUGCUAAAGCUAUUGCCAAGUCUGUUGGAAUUAUAUCUGAAGGAAAUGAAACAGUUGAAGAUAUUGCUCAACGGUUGAACAUUCCUGUAUCUGAAGUUAAUCCAAGAGAUGCUAAUGCUGCUGUUGUUCAUGGCUCUGAAUUAUUAGAUUUGCCGCCUGAAGUUUUAGAUGAAAUAUUAAGAUAUCAUAAAGAAAUAGUAUUUGCAAGAACAUCCCCUCAACAAAAAUUAUCAAUCGUUGAAGGCUGUCAGAGAAUUGGUGGAGUGGUAGCUGUAACUGGUGAUGGUGUAAAUGACUCUCCAGCUCUUAAAAAAUCUGAUAUUGGUGUUGCAAUGGGUAUUUCUGGAUCAGAUGUCUCAAAAGAAGCUGCUGAUAUGAUACUUUUAGAUGACAAUUUUGCAAGCAUUGUAACUGGUAUUGAAGAAGGGCGCUUAGUAUUUGACAAUCUUAAAAAAUCGAUUGCAUAUACUCUAACAUCCAACACUCCACAAUUACUACCAUUUAUUGUUUUCAUAAUGUUAAGAAUACCUUUACCCAUUGGAGCAAUUGCAAUAUUAUGUAUUGACCUUGGUACUGACAUGGUUCCAGCAAUAUCAUUGGGAUAUGAACAUCCAGAAUCCAAUAUUAUGAAACGGCCUCCUAGAAAUUUAACAAAAGAUAAACUUGUUAAUAACAGAUUGAUGUGUUUAGCAUCUUUACAACUUGGAGUCAUUGAAGCUUUUGCUGGGUUUUUCACAUAUUUUGUGAUUAUGGCUGAGAAUGGAUUUAAGCCUUUUUAUCUAAUAGGAAUACGUAGUCAAUGGGAUUCUAGAGCUGUAAAUGAUUUACCGGAUUCCUACAAUCAAGAAUGGACCUAUCAAGAUCGUAAAGCAUUAGAAUAUACAUGUCAUACUGGGUUUUUUAUAGCAAUUGUAGUAGUACAAUGGGCUAAUUUAAUUGUAUGUAAAACAAGAAGAAAUUCAAUUGCACAACAAGGAAUGAAAAAUAUGGCUCUAAAUUUCAGUCUUGUAUUUACAACAAUUCUUGCAUUAUUCCUGUGCUAUUUACCAGGGAUGGCUGAAGCUUUACGAAUGUAUCCAUUAAAAUGGACUUGGUGGAUUCCUCCAAUACCAUUUAUGAUGACCUUGUUUAUAUAUGAUGAAAUAAGAAAAUUUUACAUAAGACGCAAUCCAGGUGGAUGGUUAGAACGAGAAACUUAUUAUUAAAUAAUAAAUAAUUCAUUA